AUGGGAGGUAAUAUCUCUAUUCGAGUACAUAGAUAUGCUGACUGCCUUGAGGACUUCGAAGGGAAAGCAUUUUUUGCAUCAAAACAUUAUUUCUCCAGCAACGGCUCUACUCACGGACCAGCAUCAAAAAUGGGCUCCAAAAAUCCAGACGCUGUCCACCUGGGUAUUAUUUCCACCGUCAUGAUUAAUCCGAUAGGGAUCAUUCACCCAAUAGAGCCAAGUCACAUCCAAUACCUGUCUUAA